AUGAAGGAACCCCAGCAGCACCUCCUCGGCAGUCUAAGCUGCGCGCCGCAGCCAGGCUGGCGGAUCAUCGUUGUCUGCACUGGGGUGGCCGAGUACGUGCUCGUUCACUCGGGUGUCGACUCGGGUCUUCUGUCGAAGGUGAGGCUUCUCAGACUGGCGAGGAUGACGAAGCUGAUGCGGAUGGUCUACCACGUGCCGUUCUUUGUCGAGCUGAGGAAGCUGAUGUACAUGAUCAGCAGUUGCAUGAAGACCCUGUUCUGGUCAUUCUUGGUACUCGGGGUGGUCAUGACGAUGUGGUCGAUCGUGGCGGUGGAGCUCGUCCACCCUAAGGUCCUCGAGCUGUCGUCGCGGGGCCAGUGGUCCGAUUGCGAGAGGUGCAGCCGGGCUUUCUCCACGGUGUUCCACGCCAACAUCACCUUCUUUCAGACGAUUGUGGCAGGCGACAGCUGGGGCUUGAUGGCGAUCCCAGUCAUCGAGGCCCACCCGUGGUCCCUCUUCAUCUUCACUGGGGCCUUGCUGACCCUCGUGUUCGGUGUCCUCAACGUGAUCGUGGCCGUGGUCGUUGACGCCUUCGCGGAAGCGCGCGCCAAGGACGUGUUCACGAGGGCCCGCGAGAUGGAGUGGGACGAGCAGCAGGAGAAGAAGGUGUUGAGCAACAUCUUCAACAAAAUCGACACAGAUGGCAACGGCUCUCUGGAUUUCGAGGAGUUGAAAGAGGGGGCCAGGAGGCACCAGCAGUUCAGCCAUUUGCUCCGCGUGCUCGACAUCGAUACCCGUGAUCUGGAGGAAAUGUUCGUCAUGCUCGACCACGAUGGGUCUGGCGAUAUCAGCACGACUGAGUUCGUGGAGUGGAUGUACAGGAUGAAGAACACAGAUUCAAAGACGGUCAUUCAGUUCAUCAAGCAGAAGCUGACGAAGAUAGAGGAAAAGGUGCUCGAACAGGAGGACACCUUGGAGUCGCGACUGAACGACCUGGUGAAGUUCCAGUCCGAUUGCCUGCAGAAGCUGAAGGAGGAUACCUUCCAGCCCUGCCUGGCCGAGAUCUCGGCCCUCCUGGAGGAGGCCCUGCAGAGGAGCGAGUCGUGGCACCGAGGAUCGCCCGCGCGCCCAGGAGGUACGGCCCUCCUGGAGGGCGCCCGCGGCGCCGCGGAGCCCUCGGUGCCCCCCUGCCCACCCGGGGCGCCCCUGCUGCUUGGAGGCGGCGGGGCCGCCGCCGAGCUCCUGCCGCUCGGCGGUGGGGAGGUGGCGCCCGCCUGCCACCGCAGCCUGCGGGUGCCGCCCGCGGACGGGGGCGAGGCCCUCCAGCGGCGCAGCCGCAGCUGCCGCACGAUGCUCUCCGAGGCGACGUCCGAGGGGGUGGCCUCUGCGGGUGGGCGCGAUGCCACGGGCGGCCGCCGCAGCUUCCACCCGAACAACUUCCGCUCGGCGCUGGUGUUGGAGCCGGGGGGCGGGGCCAUCGCGGCGCUGGGAAUCAGCCCCCGCAAGCCGGCCGCCAGCCGUGGCAGGUCGAACCGCCGCCGGCCCUCCCUCAGCUCCGAGUCGGGCCGGUCGCUCAGGGGGCACCUGUAGACCGCCGGGCGCCGGAGGAGGAGGAGAAGG